AUGAACGGAAAGAAACAUCCCGACACCAUUCAUAGUCCCAACAAGCGCGCAAGACGAGGAUACCAGUCAGAUGCCAGCUUUAGACCUGCAAUCGCCUGCGUCGGGAUCGAUUUUGGAACUUCAAGAACUGGGUUUGCUUACGCUUUCAUGGACAGACAAGACGAGAUCUUCUGUCGAGAACCGGGAGGUCAGGAGCCUGGCAAGACUCUGACCAACCUUCUCUUGACCAGAGAUGAAGAGUUCAUAGCCUUCGGAUCACGAGCGAGGGAGGAAUACUACGAAGGAGACCCUUCCGCUCUCUUCUUUGAGAACUUCAAGAUGCUGCUCAACGAGGUCGAUGGAGGAUCCUACCCUGUAGUCUCCGCUCUCAACGGCAGGGAGGCGUCGCUACGGACCGUCCUCGCUCACUCGUUGAAGUAUGUCAAGGACGAGGCCAUGGCUACCUUGAACCGUUGCAGCGCGGUCGAGAUCAAGGCCGACCAAGUCAAGUGGGUAGUGACAGUUCCUGCCAUCUGGUCCGACUGCGCCAAGGCGAUGAUGCGGAAAGCUGCUCUAGAUGCAGCGCUGAUCAAGGAGGAGACGUCGCAACUGCUGCAGCUGGCGCUGGAGCCGGAGGCUGCCUGUAUGGUGUGCGAGAGAGAGAAUGUCUGCCUGAGAGCCGGGGAUCAGUUCAUGGUGGUGGACUGUGGAGGGGGAACGAUCGAUAUAACCAUGUCGUGCGUUCAUUCAUGCAACCCUCUCAGUCUUGACGAGCUGGCGGCUCCGUCCGGCGGGCCCUGGGGCUCUACAUACGUGGACAGGGAGUUUGAGAAGUUUAUCUUGGAGCUGUUGGGAGAGCAAGCGUUCAACUGCUCCAAGGAGUCUGUUGUUUGGAUCGAAGUCUUGCGUACGUGGGAGGCAGUGAAGAACUCCUUCGAUCCCAAGGGGCUGGCUAAAGUUGCUUUCUCCAACCUCAACGGAGGUGUUCAGGGCGGGAUGAGCAUGGGGACUGGCGAGGGAGCGAGUGGGAGGAGCGGGGGAAGGGUGAUCAACCUGGCCCCCCUCCUUGUGCUCAAUAACCUUCAGCUAGAACCUCUAGUUCAGGCCUUCAAUCAGAAGCAUCCUGACAAGCCUCUGCAGAUCCGGAUGAUGACUGCCGUCAUGUUGCCAAACGAGCUCAUCAUGAGCUUCUUUGCCCCCGUGCUCAGAAACAUCACACGCCACAUAUCCAGGCUCAUCUCCUCCCAUCGCAUCGACUACAUCUUCGUCGUCGGCGGGUUCGCGGAGUCGAAAGUGCUGCAGGAAAACUUGAAGUUCAACUUCGAGGCUUGCGAUAGGAGAAUCGUCGUGCCAACUCGACCAAGUCUGGCGGUUGUGAGAGGAGCUGUGAUGUUCCAACUCUCACAGGGAGAGCGCUUCCGCAGCAGGAUCGCUCGCUUCACCUACGGGUGUGACAUCCUGGAGCCCUUCGACCCCUUCGACAGGCGUCACCGGGACCGCAAGCUUCACUUCAAGACGGAGGAGGGCAAGAUGGUGCCGUAUGUUCGCAUCUUCAACCCGCUCGUCCUCAAGGGAACGAGGAUGAGUCCAUCCUUUGAGGUGACUCAGGCACAGUUUGAGUCGGUCGAGGACAGUCAGGACAUGUGCGACUUCGACAUCCUGGCAAGCGUGGAGGAGGAGGUGCAGAACAUCGAGGAUGCAAAGACGAUCGGGUCUGUGGGGGUGAAGCUCAAGGCAGGACAGGAGGCGGCGCUGUCGCUGUCCUUCGGCAAGACGGAGAUACAGGCGACGGCGAUGAACCUGACGACAGGAGAGAAGUCUCGAGCUGUCAUCGACUGGGGUUUCGACUCUGUCUGA